CUGGAACGUCCACCAUCUCACAGGCUCUCUGCGUCCUCAUCGGCCAUGACUUCGUACUCGCCAUCCGAGAAGGACGCGCUGCUCGCGCCUAAAGCGCCCCCGAACUGGAAGAAGAAGUACACGCUCGUCAUCCAUGGCGGCGCAGGGACGAUGUCGCGCGAGAGCGCGACGCCCGAGCGACAGGCGCUCUACAGGGCCGCUCUCAAGAAGGCGCUGCGGUCGGGAUACGACGUCCUGCGCGAUGGCGGCGAGGCGAUGGACGCCGUCGUCGCGGCCGUAACGGUCAUGGAAGAUUGCCCGCUCUUCAACGCGGCCCACGGCGCCGUCUUCAACGUGGCGGGCAAGAACGAGCUCGAGGCGUCGCUGAUGCUCUCCACGCCGCCCUCCUCCGAAUCGCAUCCCGCCGUCCCGGCCUCCCGCCGCGGCGCGUCCGCAACGCUCCUCACCCGCGCGCGCAACCCGUCGCAGCUCGUGCGCGCGCUCUACCUCGCGCCGGCCGACGCCGUGCACCCCUUCCUCUCCGCGUCCACCGCGGAGGACAUCGGCGCGCGCCACGGCGCGACGCUCGUCGACCCGAGCUACUUCUGGACGAAGAACCGGUGGCUCGAGCACCGCCGCGGGCUCGGGCUCCCGGACGAGCCGUUCCCGCCCCACUCUCCCUCGAGCUCCUCCCCCGUCCCGGAUAAGGAGAAGGAGCAGGAGAAGGGCGAGUGGGAUGUAGAAGAGGAGCUCGAGCUGAACCUCGAUGUCAUGCCCACGGGGACCGUCGGCGCGGUCGCGCUCGACGUACGCGGGUGCAUCGCCGCGUGCACGUCCACCGGCGGGCGCACGAACAAGCUCGUCGGCCGCAUCGGCGACACGCCGCACAAGGGUUCCGGGUACUGGGCCGAAGAGUGGAAGGUGAAGGGUUGGAUCCGCAAGAAGCUGCGCAAGAUCCACGGGAAGAGCUCCAAGAAGGCCGUGGGCGUCUCGGGCACCGGCGACGGAGACUACUUCAUUCGUCAGGCGACGGCGUCGACGAUAGCGCGCCGGAUGCAAUUCCUCAACGAAUCAGUGGACAAGGCUGCUCGUCACGCUGUGGAAGACCUCAGAAAAGACGGCGGCAUCGGUGGCGUCAUCGCAUUGGAUGAAGAAGGCAACGUCGCCAUGCCACUCAACUGCUCAGGCAUGUACCGCGGCAUCAUUCGCGAAGAUGGAGUACCGAAGGCGGCCAUCUUCGACGACGAAGAGCUUUCGUAGAUCGAAUCGGCGCCGUGCUGUGGAAUAGUCAUGUGCAGGAAAAGAUGUUAUACAGCCAUUACAAGAGCAUACAUACGUCCUUGCAUUCGUGGGCGAGAACAGGAAAGCAAAAGAAGAGACCACUGGGUAUCUACGUGCCCGCGUUUUUGACAGCUGCUUUGAGCCUCUGUCGUAGCCUGCUGGCCGAGUCGUUUUCGCCCUCCUUGUCUUUCGGUGACGGAAUCACCGUCACGUUUUCGCCCUGCCCUGCCGUGGCGGUCGUCGGAGAAGCAGUUACAGCCGAGCUACCUGCGAGCGCGGAAGGAUUUGACGUGGCCAGCUGCGUCAGAAGGCGGGUAGGAGAGGGUGGCGCUUGAGGUUUUUGGGGUGCGAGUGCAGGCGCCCUUGACGAGACCUCGUCGUCCACGACCUCGAUUUCUUCGCGGAGGACGGCGAUGCGCGUCCACCGUCUGUACCGCGUAUACUUGCCUAAACCACCCUUCGGGCUCGCUCCUUCCCACUUAUUAUCCCCAUACACCCACCCGUCCGGGUCCGUCACCGGAUCCUCGCCGUCCAUAUCCCCACUCCCGUCCUUAUGUCCCUGCCCCUCCUUCUCCCUCGCCUCCCUCUCCGCGUCUUCCUUCUCCUUUUCCUUGAUCUCCCCCAGCGGCACGUCCUUGUCUGCGCUCGCGCUGCGGAUAUGCCCGCUCGCCCACCCGGCGCUGACCUUGCUCGCCGCCCUCGCGAGCGCCGUCUUGCCCGCGCUUCCGGGCGCCGUCGGCGACAUGCUCUCGUCCGGCGGGUGCCUUUCGACGCGCGCCGUCCUGCCCGCCGCCGGGUCCGUCUUCACGCACAGCCGCCACUCCGGCUCCUCCCACGUCCAGAACGCGGUGCGCUUCAGCCUCUUGCGCGGGCCACCUGCUUGAUUCUCCUUGCCUUUGCCUUUGCCUUUGCCUUUGCCGCUGCUAAAGGAGGAGGAGGAGGGGAAGGGGAGGGGCAUGUAGACCGUCGUGGGCGCGGGGAGCGAGAACGCGGCGGGCGGGGUGACGGGGGCGAGAGCCGGCGGAGCUGAGCACCACGACGGGCGCUCGCCGGGGAGCAGCGCGGCCGUCCAGUCGAGGCCCAUCCACCACCGCUGGUUCUCGUACACGGUGAACAGGAACCGCACGCUGUCGCCCUCCUUCUUCUGCGGGCCGCCCUGCGAGAGCGCGGACAGGGACCGCGUUUGGGGCGAGAGGAUAUGUGGGGGGAGGGGUUCUCCGGAGAGGAGGGACCAGAGCUUGUAGCAGGUCCAGCGGAGGUACGCGCUCCGCCAGAGCGUGUGGCGGAGACGGUGCGCCCAGGGGGCGCGCCAGGUGAGGACGAUCGUGCCGGAGAUGCCGACGAGGACGCGAAGGCGGACGAAGUAUGUGAGGACGAGCCAGGGGAGAGACAGAAUCAAGGCGGCGCGGAAUGAUUUGGAUAGAGGGGUCGGUUGGGUGGUCGACGGGGUGGGAGAUGGUGAGGGUAUGUAGGCGUAGAUGGCAGCCAGGUCGGCGACGAUCGCCUGCAACGUCUGCUCGGAUGCAACAGGUGCCACGGUUUCAUGUCGUGGUCGCCAUCGUCUGAGCGCGACGACGGUGCACAACGCCAACGGGAGUAAAUAUCUUAUUAUUGGGAUCGACAGCAAGCAUACGCCCCACCACCCAAAAACAAGCAGCCAGCUCUGGUCCCAUGUCGUCCUCCAGCUUACGAGCUCGGCGCCGUACCGCACCCGCGCGAUCCAGGGACUGAGACCGACCAAUACGGUCGUGAGCGGCGCCGGAACCGUGCUCACGAAGUCCAGCAACGUUGGGGGCGACGAGUGCGCUCCGGGGGACACGCUGAGCGCUGCCAUCGCCGUCGUCGAUGGAAAGGAAAGAGGCUCAAGAUGGUCGACCGAG